UUGGCAUACGGUCGCCGCUGACGUCGCGCCUCUCAAAGUACUUGCGAGUGAUUUUCGUGUGAAUUAUAUCGUUUGAUGAUAAACUAAGUUUGUUUUAAGUGAUUUAUUAAAAUAUUGGAUUUAAUUAUUAGUGGAUUAAGUGUUUAUUUGACUAAUAUAAAGUUGUUGAGGAGAUGGAGGAGGUGAUAUUUACGAAUUUGAAACGUUAAAUUGCAUAACUAUGAAUAAUAUAAACUUCGUAACUUCGAGGGUGGUCAGUACCUGGCCGAUUGAAAACUCGACAAAGGACUUCAGUCUCAACGAGGAAUUUCCAAAUUCAACUAUAGACGACGAUGCAGACUCGUUUAUUGAAGAUGAAUAUAUUUUCGACAGAACCGAUGUUAGAGCGAUAUUUAUUACUUUGUAUACGAUUGUGUUUUGCUGCUGUUUUUUCGGCAACCUACUUGUUAUUCUGGUCGUUACUUUAUCAAGACGUUUGAGGUCAAUAACAAACUUUUUCUUGGCGAAUCUGGCUGUAGCUGAUCUGUGCGUUGGAGUUUUCUGUGUCUUUCAAAAUUUGACUAUAUACUUAAUACCGAGCUGGGUAUUUGGUGAUUUUUUAUGCAAGAUGUACCAAUUCGUGCAUUCUCUGAGUUACACUGCGUCCAUAUUCAUCCUUGUCGUAAUCUGCACGGAGAGAUAUUUCGCUAUCAUCCAUCCAAUUACCUGCAAGCAAAUUCUCACCUCAACUAGGUUAAGGCUGGUGAUACUAGGUGUAUGGAUAACAAGUGCAGCGUAUAGCGCGCCUAAAUUCAUUUGGGUGGAGACCAUAACAAACAACUUGGGCGACGGCCACACAGAGACCAUUUGCAUACAACACCGUAUGAAAUACAACUCGGAAAUCUUCGAUAUGGUCAACUUUGUGCUACUGUACGUGAUUCCAUUGUGCAUUAUGACGGUUUUGUACGCGAGGAUCGCAGUUGGCUUAUGGCAGAGUUCUCAUGGCUUGCAACAGAUGGGACAUACGCAAUGCUGUGGCGCCCAGAAGAACGCGUCAGCUACAACAAAUAAAAGCGGAAGUUCUAAGAAGAAUUCAAAAAACCAAGAGGGUCGCAACUGUUACCACUUAAGUCAUCUAUCACGUAACGUUCUGCGCGCGCGCCGCGGCGUCGUCAGAAUGCUGAUAGUGGUUGUCCUCACAUUUGCCGUAUGCAACCUACCAUUCCACGCCCGUAAGAUGUGGCAGUACUGGUCCAGUGGAUAUCAAGGCACCAGCGAUUUCAGUGCACUUCUCACCCCACUGACAUUUCUCAUCACAUACUUCAACUCUGGAAUCAAUCCUUUGCUCUACGCAUUCCUAUCUAAGAACUUCAGAAAAGGUAUGAGGGAGUUGCUCUUCUGUAAGUUUCAUGGUAAAAGGAAAAGUGACAAUUUGAUUUUACUAAAUCGUGUCGGUGGUACUGGCUUAAGGCGCAGUUCCACUAGGUCGACUCGUGCUAACUGCAGCACGGUCACAGUAGCGCCGAAUGCGGAUUCAUGAGAAAUGCGUCGGAGGAGGUUCCUCUAUAAAGUGGAGAAUAUAGACAUUUCCUGAUUAACGGAAAGCACUGACGAGGUGACCGAGAGCAGUGGUGUGUGUGCCUCUGUGGUGUCCAAAAAAGACUUGUAUGAUUGAGUGUAAGGUAUACUUAAUGUGAAUUUUUUAAUUAAAAAAACUACGAAAUAAUUUUUUAAUUUCUUGUCGCUGGAUGAGAUUCAUUAAGUACACGAUAGUUUUAUUAAAUUGUUAUGUAUAAUUUCUAUGAGCUUACGUUAAUUAAGGCUUAAGGUGACUUUAAUUAAAAAAUCUAUUAUGCUAAUUCAUUAGAUUCCAUUUGUAAUAAAAUUUAAAAAAAUCUGUACAAAAUCUGUACAUUUGCUAUUGAAUUAGAAUUUUUAACAGAAUUAGUGUAAAAAGAUCUUAUUACGUAUAAAGUUAUUGACAAUGGGUCGUACAAAUAGUUAUUAAUCUGCAGUUAAUACGGAUUUCAUUAUUUUUAAUAAGAAUAUACUUUAAUCUUAGUGUGUAAAUCUGAAUAUUAUCUUUGUGUACGUAGGUAGGGACCACGCAUGACUUAAGAAAACAGUUGUGUAUUAAACUCUGAAAUAUUAAGUAAGGAAAUAACAGGAAACGGAAAGGCUCCACCAUUUUGAAUAUUGUGUACAUAUUUGUUUAAAAUGUUUUACUUAGCUUGUUUGUUUAGUUUUUUUUUUUUGGCAUAUUACUGAUUUUUUGAU